UUUCGGAGUACAUCUUUUGUACUUUUCCGCCUCUCCAACUCUUUCACCUUUUGUUGUUCGCAGCUGCUCUCUGUGAUUUUUAUUGUUUUUGACCUUUUUGCUUCUUCUCCACUCUCGAUCUUCACGGUCUCUCUCCUUUUCGAUCUCUCUACUCUAUCCUUUCAAUUUAGGGUUUCAAACUUAAACUCUCUCGCCAGCUAUUUCUCGAAUCUCGAGCUCAAUCUAUCUAUCUGUAUUUAUAUUUUUCAACAAGACCUAGAUUUCUGCUCAGCCCUUUAGGGUUUACAGAUCUAAACAGCUUCUGCUUCUAGUUUUGCUUAAUCUCUGCUUCCUAUCUUAAGAUGUUUUGGAAGCUUACUUCUCUUUCUGCCUCUUCUCCUGUGGAGUCAGUAUUAGACAAGGAAAAUUUCACAUUAGAAGAGCUUUUGGACGAGGAAGAAAUAAUCCAAGAAUGCAAAGCUUUAAACAGUCGUCUCAUCAAUUUUCUACGGGAUAGAGCCCAGGUAGAACAGUUAUUGCGUUACAUUAUUGAAGAAGCUCCUGAGGAUGCUGAAAGCAAACGAGCCUUCAAGUUUCCCUUCAUCGCCUGUGAGAUAUUUACAUGUGAAAUUGAUGUUAUUCUUAAGACUUUAGUGGAGGAAGAGGAGCUUAUGAACUUACUCUUCUCUUUCUUGGAACCAAACCGACCUCACAGUGCCUUGCUGGCUGGGUAUUUCAGCAAGGUUGUUGUUUGCCUUAUGGUACGCAAGACUGUCCCACUUAUGAACUAUGUUCAAGCUCAUCAGGAUGUUUUCCGUCAAUUGGUUGAUUUAAUUGGAAUAACAUCCAUCAUGGAGGUUCUGGUUCGGCUGGUAGGGGCAGAUGAUCAUGUGUAUCCCAAUUUUAUUGACGUGAUGCAGUGGUUGGCUGAUAGCAAUUUACUUGAAAUGAUUGUGGACAAAUUGAGUCCUUCUAGCCCUCCUGAAGUUCAUGCCAAUGUAGCAGAAACAUUAUGUGCAAUAACUCGAAACGCUCCCUCAGCUUUGGCUACUAAACUCUCUAGUCGAAGCUUUGUUUCAAGGAUAUUUGGCCAUGCAUUGGAAGAUUCACAUUCAAAAUCUGGCCUUGUGCACUCACUUUCUGUGUGUAUAUCUUUACUGGAUCCAAAACGAUCUGCAAUUUCUUCUCCCUUGUUUCAUUCUUUCCGAAGUCAACAUAUUUAUGAGUCUUCGAUCCCUGUCAAUCCAGAGACUGUUGAUGCGAUGCUGCCUAAACUAGGUGACUUGCUAAUGCUAUUGAAUGUGUUGUCUGAUGAGAAAAUUUUGCCUACAACAUAUGGAGAACUGAAGCCUCCUCUUGGGAAGCAUCGCCUAAAGAUUGUUGAGUUCAUUGCGGUGCUAUUAAGGACGGGGAAUGAAGCUACUGAAAAGGAAUUAGUCAGCUCAGGAACCAUUAAACGCGUCCUUGAUCUAUUCUUUGAGUACCCAUACAAUAAUGCAUUGCAUCAUCAUGUGGAGAGUAUUAUAUUGUCAUGUUUGGAGACCAAGAGCGACACUAUGGUUGAUCAUCUGCUUCGGGAGUGUGAUUUGAUUGGAAAAAUUCUCUGGACAGACAAAAACCCCACUAUUUCAGGCGAUCCUACUCAGCCAACUCUGCCUGCUGCUGGAAAACAGGCUCCGCGAGCAGGAAACCUUGGUCACAUUACGCGGAUUUCUAAUAAGCUUGUUCAGUUGAGAAACACCAAUAGCCGAAUUCAGACAUAUCUACAGGAAAACAGUGAAUGGAAUGACUGGCAAGCUAGCACCUUGCAGGACCGUAAUGCUGUUGAAAAUGUCUAUCGGUGGGCUUGCGGUCGCCCCACUGCAUUGCAGGAUAGGACAAGAGAUAGUGAUGAGGAUGAUCUUCAUGAUAGAGAUUAUGAUGUAGCAGCUCUAGCAAAUAACUUAAGCCAGGCUUUUAGAUACAAAAUGUAUGGGAAUGAGGAUAAUGAAGAGGAUAAUGGCGGCCUUGAUCGAGAUGAUGAGGAUGUGUACUUUGAUGAUGAGUCUGCUGAAGUUGUUAUAUCAUCUUUGAGGCUUGGUGAUGACCAAGGGAGCAGUUUAUUCACAAAUUCCAAUUGGUUUGCAUUCCAAGAUGACAGAGCUGGUAAUGCCCCUGUGAGUACAUCACCUAUGGAGAUGAUGGAUGAAAUAAACUUGAAAGGAACUGCUAACGGUGGUGGUAACAGCAGCAGUGAUGAUGAGGUGGUAGUUGGAGAAGAUGACGAGUUAACAGAGUGCAAAGAGUCCGUCAAUUCUGCAUCCACUUCCAACACAAACUUUGCCAAUGGAUUUCCUGGGGGUGUUCCUAUUCCACAAAGCGAGCAGGCGACUGCUUCCGAUGAUAUUGGAUUUUUCAGAUUUGAUACUCCGGACAGUGAAGACUUGUUUGGAGACAGGCCUUUCCCUGAAUGGGUAGGAUGGGGAGAAACAUCAGAUUUGCAAGUAGGCGGGUCUAAUUUGAAUCCAUUUGUAGAUCAUGAUGACUCUGAUGUCAAUCUUUCCAGUCAAGCCGAGGUAGCAACACCUGAUGUUAAUUCCCCUUCAAGUGGUGAUUCCCCACUACCAAAUGGCUCAUCAUCCUCCAACAAUUCUAGUGAUGGGUCAGCGAGCAGUGAUACAACCCAUAAAUCUGCAACCGCACCCUCAUUGUUUGAAGAGGAUGUCGAAUUUGUUGGCGUGGAAAUAGAAGGAACUGAGAAGGCAAUGGAACAGGCUCUCAAGGAGGGUAUAGUUGGUGAAGCAGGCCCUCUAAAGAGGAACAUUAUCCCAAAGGUUCCAGAAAAGGAGAAUUCUAAUGAUAAUGGGAAUGGGAUUAAAGAGUUCAACGAUGCAAACUAUUGGAGGGUUGAUCAAGAAGUUGCUGUGCUGGAGUGAUGGUAAGCUCAUUCUGCUAACUGGCAAAAAAUUGGAUCCUUCAGCCACUGACCCCAUUUUUGGUUGGCAAGGGCUCAGGCAGCAGACAUAUGUACAGUGUAUUUUUGUUUCAAAAUGGGGUUUGGCUGGUAGGUUGUGUUAUGAUUUUACUGUUAUUAGUUGUUAUUGUUACUCCUAUUGUUGUUUAUUAUUCAAGGUUUUGUUUCUUCCCUGUCACUGACUCAACAUUUCGCUCUCAUCAUAUUUAUAUUCAUAUUUACAUUCUGGCUUC